AUGGCUGACGGCGGGCCAUCUUUCGCCAGGUUAUGUUUUGGUUGGAUGGAUCUAACCCUAGAGGCAUACAGUAAUAUCGUCGGGCACGUCGGAAGGCGCUCUGAUAUUACAGCCCUCUGCAGGGUCUCCAAAGCGUUCCGACGCGCUGCGGAGCUGGCACUAUACAAGUCCAUCUUCCUAGAAAACACGUAUCAAAUCCGCGACCUCUGCGUGACGCUGGCCAACUCACCUCGACUUGCAUCCUUGGUGGAGUCCCUUACGCUGUCACCAGUUGAGGACGAGGAGCACGGCCAUAGUUAUGAGGAUGGAGACGAAGAUUCCAGCCUCCACGAACUGCCGGACGAAUAUUGGCUGUGGAUAUCCAAGGCAUUGGCCAAUACGACUAGGCUUCUCGACCUCGAGAUCCAUUCGCAAAUUGGGCCAACUUCGGCUUGCUCCUGGAUAUACCCCAAACCGCCCGUCUUCCAACUACGGUCACUCCACUGUGACUUCGAUUGGGACGAUGAUCUCGUAACCUUUCUCAAUUCUCAACACGACCUCGAGGACCUGUAUAUUUUAGACUUCAAACCCCUCAUUCCUUCAACCGCGACGAACGAUGACACGAGCUCCAGUACGACCUCAUCUAAAUCCAUGACCAUCCACGACACCGCGAUGCCAAGCCUGACAACUUUGGAAUGCACCUUUUCUGAAGCAGCCGACGCCAUUGUACCCCAUCGACCUAUUUCUCGCCUCAAGACUUGCUUUUCCAAGACAGAGCCGUCAGCCAAGCAGGCAGAGCUGACGCGUCUCAUCACCACCCUGGCGCAGUCGACCCGAUCUCUGCGAUCCCUGGACAUUGCCGAUUCUUCAUAUAACGAGCCCUUUACGAUGAGCCUUCUCAAGACCAUCGUCGGGAACCCGGUCACGAGCACCAGCCUCCGUUAUCUUGGGACACUUGUGCUUCCCGUUAGUGGCCAAGAGCGGCUUCAGUUCUACGGGUUGCUGAUGCGGUUACCCGUUCUGCAGUGCAUCGAAAUAGAAGUCUCGGAAUGGGACCCCGUUCCCUCCACUCCUGCUGCAUUCCGAGCUUUGGCGAGUGAGCUGCGGAUCUACUGCCCGUCUGCAACAGUGGUUGUGUUCGUCCACGACUUUGAGAGGACGGUCGUCACCAUGUCGGGUGGACUGCGGACGGUCGAUGACGAUCCCUACACCGAACACCUGUGGCGAGAAUUUUAA